AUGCUCGAGAAAGACAGCAGAGAUCACUGCGAGCCGACAGAGCCCAAAGAGAGCUCAAGCGGAGAAAUGAUCAGAGAUGGAAUAAGCCUCUCGCGUUCUCUAAAGAAAAGAAAGGAAGAGAAUGUUUCGUACAUAAAAGAAGCCACCAAUGCUGCUGAGCUCAACUACAACAAAUUAAAAAAUAAUGAAAACAUUCCAACAUUCUAUUUGGAUAUUCCGUGCCCGCACUGCGGGAAUAAAACAAUAGGCCAUGGACAGAAGCACCGGGUGGAAAGAAAGUGCACUGUGUGCAUGCUGACCUUUCAGCUAAGCACCUGGCUAGCCCGUGUCAUGCAGUCGAGCACUCCGCUAAAAUAUUUUAUCGAUAAAUCCGUUAAUGAUCUAGUCAUAUUGCCAGAUAGAGCUCUGGCAGCAGACACAACACCAUCAAAAAUAGAUGGAAAUGUGAACAGUCAGGCCAAUAUAAACAAGAUCCUGAAAGAACAGAGGAGCCUAGAAGAGACAGUGAAUGUUCUAAAACAAGACAUAGAAGAAAUAUCCACAAAUACACGAUUUAUGCAAUCGCUAUACAAAAAAAUAGAGAAUGAGCUGGCCAGUAUCAAAAACACUAGCGCUCUUUUGAGCAAAACAAACACACAUGAGCCCGCACAGAAUAGAAAAAGCAGCCAAGAACAGCCGGCAGAGCAGGAAAAGGUGCGCUUCACGCAUCCAAUUUCUCCAGUGAAAAAACAGGGAGGCCCUAGACACAUUUAA